CAGCUAGAAUAGGGGUCUCUUAGAGUUACACGUGCCACAAAAACGCUAAAACAAACUAUUUCGCCUUACGUUAAUAGGUAGCUACGCAUUGUAACCUUGAAAAGAGACCCUCUUGACUUUUGACAUCAAAACUUGCGGGUAGCAUUUAGCUUUGAACUCCAAUCAACAAUCAGGCCGGUGUAGAUGGCCUCAUGACAAAGAAUCAGUUGUUGAUCCGAAAAUAUCACCCAUGAGCUGGCCAUAAGAGCCAGCCAGUAAUUCUCUUUCCAGAAAGGAUGUCGGUGCUGCACCGGCUGCAGCGCCUUCGAAGGAGAAGAGGAGGAUGGCUUCAGUCGCCUUUUCUUUGGGUGGUAGUUGUCGCAUGCCUCCUCGAAGUCUCCUUCCACGCUUCUCGCUACCGAGUACCCGUACCGCCGCGCGAGCUCGAUACCCCCUUCUACGAAUCGUGCCAGGAACCGCCGGCAACGCCGCCGGAGACCCCGCGUGAGAAUGCCGCCAUCGUUAUGCUCGCGCGCAACCAGGAGGCCGAGAAAGCGGCCCGCUCCGUCCGCAGCAUCGAGCAGCGCUUCAACCGCUGGUUUCGCUACCCAAUUGUGUUCCUUAAUGACGAACCCUGGAGCGAAGAGUUCAUAUCCCUUAUGAACGCCACGACGAGCGCGCCGACUUUCUUCGAAUCGGUCCCUAAAGAAGAAUGGACGUUUCCGUCCUGGAUGGACAAGGACGCUGCUCAAGCGAGCAUCAAAGAUCAGGGCGAUCGCGGAAUCUUGUAUGCUGGAAAGGAGACGUACCAUCAUAUGUGCCGUUUUUUCUCAGGGAGUUUCUAUAAUAUCGAGGCUCUCAAGAAGUAUAAAUGGUACUGGCGACUCGAACCAGACGUCGAAUUCUCUUGUUCGAUUACCUACGAUCCCUUCGUCGAGAUGGCCCGCCAUAAAAAAGUAUAUGGUUUCACGAUAUCGCUCUGGGAGGAGAAACGGACGUGCCCGAGCCUCUUCAGGGAGGUUUCGGACUGGAAGGAAAAGCAGGGUAUACCCAGCACCACCCUGUGGAAGGCGGGUGUAGAUGCGUCUUGGGCACCCUGGCCGCUCCGCAACCUAUUAAGCUGGUUCUCGCACCGCGACAGGUCCGGGGACGGCUGGAAUCUUUGUCACUAUUGGAGUAACUUUGAGAUCGCCGAUCUCGAUUUCUUCCGCGGUCCUAAGUAUCAGGACCUCUACCAGCAUCUAGAACAUACCGGUGGCUUUUACUUCGAAAGGUGGGGUGAUGCCGCAGUCCAUUCACUCGCCGUGAACAUGCUUGCGGAGCCACAUCAGGUGCACCACUUUGCUGAUUUUGGAUAUCGCCACGAUUGGUACUAUCAAUGUCCAGCUAACGCACCAGAGGGCCAAUUGCCCGAGUCGCAAGCGUUAAACGAGGCCCAGAAGACCUGGGCUGAAGAGAUCCCGGGUGGUGUGGGCUGUCGGUGUGACUGCGACGGUCGCCGGAACAGAAACCAUGCUACUUAUUGCUUGAAUAAACUUAAGGCGCCGAAUACAGCACAUCGUCCUUGGUCUACAUGGUUCCUCAGCUUCAUUUUCUAGGAUAAAGACCUAGUCGAUUUUUGGGCAAACGAUCUUCACAGGAUACGCCUCAAGAAGCGCUUUUUUCUGGCUCCUCGACUUUUAUAGGCAUACCAGGAGGUAUCGCAAGUCUCCUAACGGCGUACUUACCAAAGGGCUAGGAUAGUAGCAUACAGAGCAGCAAAGCAGCUUUUAUUGGAUACUAUUGAUACGCUCCAAGAUUCCCCAUUAACCAGAUGUGAUCUACAGAUCUGAGUUAGCUUACUGCCAUCUAGGUAUUAUCUAUCAAACAAUACACGGACGAAUGCGAACCGCUCCGAGUUCCAGAAAGAAAGAUAGGAUUGUAUAGUUGGAUGCGAAGACAACAUAUUAUAUCCAUAAGACGAUAUACAUUACAACAAGAGAUAUUGCAUAGCGACAAAUCCAUGUAUUUCCCCCUAUUUGGCUUUCCACAAGCUGUUCCAGCAUUGUCCGCGCAGAAAAAAAACAUUUAGGAAUUUGAUCUAUGGGGCCAAGAAGUUAAUAUAUACGAGUCGAAGAUUAUGACCAUAAAUUAUUCGAAGCUAUUCUCGAUGUGAUCACCAAAGAACGGGCAAGAAGUAG